UAAAGGAGGACCAUCUAGAUAUUACCCUGGUUUAUAAUCUUUAGGCGGCCUGAAAGCUUCACUUCCAAUCUGGUCUAAAUAGGAACGUUUGAAAAAAAUAAAGAUUAAAAACGAGCGGCACACAUCCCCGAGCAAUAAUAUCAGUAACAUUCCACCACUACCGUUGGCGGGAAUGCGAUGCUACAUAUUGUUGUUUAUACAUAGAGAAUUUGCCUUGCAUGAUACACGAGCGGCUGUAUUGCUGGUUAUGCAAGACGGAGCAGAGCUAAAGCCCAAAUUAAAAUGCCGGUUCUGAUGACAAAAUCCUUUUUCUGGGGCUAUUCACCAAAGUGGAGCUCAUUGUCAAGAAGCAGAAUGCCUAUCAAUCUGUCAAAUGCACGACAAUCUCUUGUUACAUCUGGAGCAAAAUUUUUAAUCCAAUUUCAGUCCUCCUGGUUUCACCACCACCAACAGCAGACUCUGCACUAUUUCCAUAGGCAUGGACUGAAAGCUCUCCGUGUUGGUGUACAAAAGUCUUCCAAAGCCACAGGUGGGAAGAGAACAAAAAAUUCAAAGUCAAUUUUACGGGCAGGAGAGUAUGCGCAUCUGAUAUGGUGGAGGGAGAAAAUGCAGUUAUGCAAAAAGCCUUCUACAAAGCAGUUGGUCCAGAGGCUGGUUUAUUCUAAUUUGUUGGGAUUGGAUGAGAACUUAAAAAAUGGAAGCAUGAAGGAUGGAUCUUUGAAUUCAGAACUAAUUCAAUUCAAGUUGAAGUUUCCACGAGAAGUUCUUCUUUGUCGGGUAGGAGAGUUCUACGAGGCUGUGGGAUUUGAUGCAUGUAUCCUUGUUGAGUAUGCUGGUCUCAAUCCUAUGGGAGGCAUCAGAUCUAACACUGUGCCAAGGGCAGGCUGCCCAGUUAUGAAUUUGCGGCAAACACUGGAUGAGCUAGCUCGAAAUGGAUUUUCAGUGUGUGUUGUGGAAGAGGUGCAAGGCCCAAGCCAAGCCCGUACUCGUAAAGAGCGUUUCAUAUCUGGACAUUCGCGUCCAGGUAGCCCAUAUGUAUAUGGACUUGCAGGAGCUGAUAUUGAUGUGGAGUUUCCUGAGCCAGUGCCUGUAGUUGGCAUAUCACAUUCAGCACGUGGCUAUUGCUUUAUUUCAGUCUUAGAGACAAUGCAUACAUUUUCUGCUGAGGAUGGACUGACUGAAGAAGCAGUUGUUGCAAAAUUGCGAGCGCAACCUUGUGACUUGCUUUUCUUGCACUCUUCAUUGAGGAAGAAAUCUUCAGGGACUUCAAGAUGGGGUGCAUUUGGUGAAGGAGGGUUACUAUGGGGAGAAUGCUCCCUUAAACACUAUGAGUGGUUUGAUGGCGAUCCUAUUUCACAACUGCUGUCCAAGGUAAGGGAACUGUAUGGACUUGAUUCGGAAGAGAGUUUUCGCAAUGUAACCAUCCCAUAUGAAGAUAGGCCUCGACCUCUUUACCUUGGAACAGCUACUCAUAUAGGUGUCAUUGCUUCAGAGGGAGUUCCAAGCUUGUUGAAAGUGCUUCUUCCACCAGACUGUGCUGGUCUUUGCACAAUGUAUCUUAAAAAAUUGCUUCUCAAUCCUCCUCCUCAUCACAUUGCGUUGUCAAUUCAAGCUGCAUGCAAAUUAAUGUGCAACGUAACCUGUGCAAUUCCGGCUUUUGUAUGUGUGCCAGCUCCAAAGAUUGUGAAGUUGAUUGGAGCUAAGGAGGCAAACCACAUCGAGUUUUGUAGAAUCCGAAAUAUGGCAAUGGAGAUAUUGUACAUGCAUGAAAAACCUGAGCUUAGGGUCAUUACCAACAAACUGAUAGAUCCAACAUGGAUGGAAACAGGGCUGAAGAUUGAUAUUGAAACAUUGGUAACAGAAUGUAGAGAGAUUGUGGAUGCGAUUGGAAAAGUAAUUUUUCUUGAAGGAGAGUCAGAACAAGAAAUCUACAGUUCUCCUAUAAUCCCUGAUGAUUUUUUUAUAGAAAUGGAAUCUUCAUGGAAAGGCCGUAUAAAACGUGUAAAUGCAGAAGAUGUUUUUGUGGAAGUUGAGAGAGCUGCUGAAGCAUUGUCUUUGGCUGUAGAAGAAGAUUUUCUUCCAAUUGUAUUAAGAGUAAAAGCCGUUGUUAGUCCUCUAGGAAGUGGAGCCAAGGGGGAAAUAUGCUAUUCCAAGGACCAUGAGUCUAUCUGGUUUAAAGGAAAAUGUUUUGCUCCUGCUGUGUGGGCCAACACUCCUGGGGAGGAACAAAUACAAAACUUAAUACCUGCUAAAGAUGCAAAAGGGAAGAAAGUAGGCACUGAAUGGUAUACAACUCCAAAAGUAGAAGAAGCAUUAGAUAGCUACAGGGAGGCAGUUGUACAAGCAAAUUUGAAAGUCACGGAAAUUUUGAGGAGUCUGGCAGAAGAGCUGCAACGAAAGACAAAUACUAUUGUGUUCUUAUCUGUACUAUCAGUUAUCACAAAGACAUUAUUUGCACAUGUGAGUGAGGGGAGGAGGCGUGAUUGGAUCUUUCCAAUGCUUAAAGAGAUUAAUCAGAAUCCAAAUUCAUUAGAAACUUCAGGAGAAGUAAUAAACCAAUUAGAAGUAGUAGGUUUAGUGCCUUAUUGGUUCGACUUGGUACAAGGAGCGGCUGUGCCAAACACAAUUCAAAUGCAAUCACUGUUUCUUCUAACUGGACCAAAUGGUGGUGGAAAGUCAAGUGUACUUAGAUCUAUUUGUGCAAUGACACUUCUUGGCAUUUGUGGAUUAAUGGUUCCUACUGAAAAAGCUACCAUACCACAUUUUGAUUCAAUAAUGCUACAUAUGAUGUCAUAUGACAGCCCUGCAGAUGGAAAAAGCUCAUUCCAGAUGGAAAUGUCUGAAAUGCGGUCCAUACUAAGUGAAGCUACAAAUAAAAGCCUUGUGCUGGUGGAUGAAAUUUGUAGAGGAACAGAAGUACAAAAGGGAACAUGUAUUGCUGCAAGCAUGAUAGAAAAACUUGAUUCUAUUGGUUGCAUUGGUGUCAUAUCCACUCACUUGCAUGGCCUUCUAGAUUUGCCACUGAAAGCAAAAAAUAUUAUGUAUAAAGCAAUGGGAACUGACACAAUAAAUGGGAGGAUAAAACCAACAUGGAAACUGAUAGAUGGGGUUUGUCGAGAAAGCCUUGCAUUUGAAACAGCUCUAAAUGAAGGAAUUCCAGAAAAUGUUGUUAGGAGAGCAGCAGAACUAUAUGCAUCUUUGAAGCAAGAUGAAAUCCACAAGGUGGGAAAUGAAAAUGGAGGCCCUAGAAUUAGCAUUGGUAGUUCAAAAAACAUCAGCUAUCUUUGUAAAGAUAAGAAAACUAAUCAUAAACAAAUUACCAUGACAGAAAAACAGAACAUAUCUAAUUCUUCACUUGCCAAUCUCUCUGAAAUUGAACAGUCAAUUGCAUUAGAUGAUGAAAUUUGCGAUAGAGCAUGUUCUUAUUACACAACUAUUCCCAAUUACAAUGGACGAGAUCAGAAACCUGAGACUAUUACUAACCUACAAGUUAAGGGAUCAGAAUCUGCAGCAGUACAGAGCAUGCCCAUGUCAAGCAUGAAUACUCUGAACUCAAAAUUCUCACAACUGCCUCUUAACAAAUCCAGAGAAUCCAGAUCAGAUCGCAAUGUAAGAUUACUGAAAGAAGCUGAAAAUGCUUUUAUCAGCACCUGUCAAAAGAAGCUGCGGGAACUUGAUGGACGGGAACUCCUUUUAACAAAGUCAUCAAACAUAUGCUGCUCCUCCAUUGGAGCCUGUGAACAGCCACCUCCAACAAUGGUGAAAACUUCAUGUGUCUACAUCUUACAGAGGCCUGAUGGAAAAUUCUAUGUGGGCCAGACAGAUGACCUUGCGGGACGAAUAGGUACCCAUCGUUCUGUAGAAGGAUGGCAAAAUGUUCCUUUCAUUUAUGUGAAGGUGCCAGGAAAGAGUGUAGGAAGGGAACUUGAGACGCUUCUUAUAAAUAGGCUUCCUCUAUUAGGCAUAGAGCUUGUUAACAAAGCUGAUCAAAACCAUCGGAAUUUCGGAACAUCAGCUACUCUAGAUAUUCCACCCUUUUAGGUGAAACAAACCAUAAUUAUUUAGGUUCUUAAACUAGCUUUUUCCUGAGUGCAAUUUUAUUGAAGCAUCUCUGGGACUCUAAAUAGCGUUGUUAGUAGGUCUGUAGCCUAGUGGUAGAAGGAGCCACCUGAUGUCGGAAAGGCACAAGUUUUCUCCUGGGGCCCUUGGCCACUGCAAUGCAGCAGUGUUUAAAAGUGAUAAUGAAGAAAAGAGGUAUGUCCUCCUUAUGCCAAAGGGGGUCGACCAAGUAGAAAGAAACUAUGGCAACAAUAGUUGGUUAUAUGUGGCGAAAGGAAAUCUUGGUAAUCCAUGUCUGCAAAGUGGCCUUUCUGCAAAAAAAAUUAUUAAAGGUAGAUAAGGCAUUUUUUUGUGUAAACUUUUGCAUCCCAAUGUUACGGUUUGUAGAGAAAGGGAUUGCCAUCACCGUCAUUUUUGGUGAUCCUAAUAUUGCAGAUAAUACAAAUACAAAAAACAGGAUUGUUACUGAAA